AUGCCGUCUUUGGUUAAUGUAGUGUCUGCACAACAAUCGUAUGAGUUGAACCAUAGUUCAUCAACUACAAAUGAUUCGACAGAUAUCAUUCCAAUUAAGGAUCAUCGACGUAGAAGAUCGUCAAGUAUUAUAUCACAAGUUGAACAAGAAUCCUUGGAAGAUGAUACCGAUCAAAGAAUGUUACCAAACAUGAACGCAACUUGGGUGGAUCAAAGAGGUGCAUGGGUAAUUCAUUUAGUCUUAAUUUUAAUGUUAAAACUAUUUUAUAAUCUAAUGCCAGGUAUUACCAAUGAUAUCGCUUGGACUUUAACUAAUUUGACCUAUGUUAUUGGAUCGUAUGUAAUGUUUCAUAUGAUUAAAGGGACUCCUUUCGAAUUCAAUGGUGGUGCUUAUGAUAACCUGACAAUGUGGGAACAAAUCGAUAAUGAAACUUUAUAUACUCCAUCAAGAAAAUUUUUGAUUUUAUUACCAAUCGGUUUAUUCUUAAUCGUUACACAAUUUUUAAAAAAUGAUUUAAAAUUAUUCGCAAUUAACUUUAUUAUUUCAUUUUGUUUAGGUAUUGUACCAAAAUUACCAUUGUUACAUAGAAUUAGAAUUUAUGUACCAUUUAUAACAAACCCACAUCAAAUUAGUUAA